CGCGCAGCCGAGGAGCAGCUGCCGGGAAGCCCUAUGAACUCUCCAGAAAGGGCGUGACGAAGGGUCCUGCGGGGCGCGGUCCCGGCCGCCCGGGUCCCCCUUCGGCAGAGCUCGCGGGCAGCAGAGCAGAGGAGCGGUGGAGGAUGAGCGAGCAGCCUUUGGGGACCUCCGCGCGGUAAUGCCAGCAUGAUGGUUGGUGCACGGAGGAUGAGGUGCUGCCAUUGGAGAUGGAAGCCGAGCGCCCUUCUGCUCCUGUGUGCAUUAUGGAGUGUUUGUAUUCCUCGAUCAGUGUGGGGAUGUGGCAACUGCAGAACUGUCCUGUCCAAUCCUUCUGGAACCUUUACUUCUCCAUGCUACCCCAAUGACUACCCCAACACCCAGUCUUGCUCAUGGACCCUGCGAGCCCCUACCGGCUACAUCAUUCAGAUAACGUUUAAUGACUUCGACAUCGAAGAAGCUCCCAAUUGCAUCUAUGACUCACUGUCCCUCGAUAACGGAGAGAGCCAGACGAAAUUUUGUGGAGCCACUGCCAAAGGCCUGUCAUUUAACUCAACUGUGAAUGAGAUGCAUGUGUCCUUUUCAAGUGACUUUAGCAUCCAGAAGAAAGGUUUCAACGCCAGCUACAUCAGAGUUGCUGUGUCCUUACGGAAUCAAAAGGUCAUUUUGCCCCAGACACUAGAUGCUUACCAGGUAUCAGUUGCCAAAAGUGUCUCCAUUCCUGAGCUCAGUGCUUUCACACUCUGCUUUGAAGCCUCCAAAGUUGGCAAUGAGGAUGGCGACUGGAUAGCUUUCUCCUACUCAGACGAGUCCCUCAUGCAGUCGCUCAGUUUUGAAAAGACCAAACAUGAUUACUUCCUGUCCAUUUCUGGCUCAAGAUGCUUGCUGAACAAUGCAUUGCCCGUGAGGGAAAAUGAAGAGAUCUUCACAGAAAGCUUUGAGCAGCUCUGUCUUGUGUGGAACAAUACUUUGGGCUCUGUUGGUGUAAAUUUCAAAAAGAGCUAUGAAACAGUCCCAUGCGAUGCCACCAUGAGUACGGUCAUACCUGGCGAUGGGGCAUUGCUGUUGGGCUCUGAUAGAGACAAAAUUGCCUCUCUGAAGGGCAGCAUCUAUAACUUUCGACUUUGGAAUUUUACAAUGGAUUCGAGAGUCCUCGCCAACCUCAGCUGUAGCGUACCUGGGAAUGUUGUCGACUGGCACAAUGACUUUUGGAGCAUCUCAACCCAGGCUCUCAAAGCUGAGACCAACCUGAGCUGUGGUUCCUACCUGAUCCCGCUCCCUGCAGCUGAGCUGACGAACUGUUCGGAUCUGGGUACUCUCUGUCAAGCUACUGUAAACCCUCCUAGCACUACACCACCCACAGUCACCACUAACAUCCCUGUUACUAACAGAGUCCAUAAACAAAAGAAUGACGGAAUACUGUAUAGAAUAUCUGUUGUGAUUCACAAUGACCUUAAUCACCCUGAAGUAAAAGUACAGAGCAAGGUAGCAGAAUGGCUCAAUUCAACCUUCCAGAAUUGGAACUACACAGUUUAUGUGGUUAACAUAAGUUUUCAUCAAAGCACAGGAGAGGACAGGAUUAAAGUCAAGAGAGACACCAUGGAUGAUGACAAAAGGUUGGUUCUGUGGGCUCUUCUAGUCUACAAUGCCACCAAUAAUGACAACCUGGAAGGAGCAAUGAUUAAACAGAGGAUUGAAACAAACAACGCAUCGCUAGGGCCUGGCCUGAAGCUGUACACAGUCGAUGUGAAGCAGCUGGGUAUUUGUAGUGCCUUGGAGGAUCCAGAGGGCUUUACCUGGCCAGCCACCUCCCCUUCUACCUACAAACAACCAUGUCCAAACAAGCCUGGCUAUUUUAUGAUGCGGACAUGCCUUUCUAAUGGGACAUCACCCUACUGGAGCCCCAUUGAUGCCUCCAACUGCUCAAGACAGUCAAGUGAAAUGGCUGAUGAGAUAUUAAAUUUAACUGGCGAUGGGCAGAACCUAACCUCAGCCAAUAUUAACAACAUUGUAGAACAGGUCAAAAAGAUCGUGAACAAAGAAGAAAAUAUUGAUAUAGCUCUUGGCUCCACUCUAAUGAAUAUAUUCUCCAAUAUCUUGAGCAGUUCUGAUAGUGAUUUACGGGAGUCGUCUUCAGAAGCUCUAAAAACAAUUGAUGAGCUAGCCUUCAAAAUAGACCUGAAUAGCACACCACGCGUGAAUAUUGCGACACAGAAUUUGGCUCUUGGAGUAUCAUCCCUGAUGCCAGGGACAGAUGCACCUUCAAAUUUUAGCAUUGGCCUUCCAAGCAAUAAUGAAUCCUAUUUCCAGAUGGACUUUGAGAAUGGACAGGCAGAUCCGUUGGCAUCUGUGAUUUUACCUCCAAACUUGCUUGAGAAUUUAAGUCAAGAAGAUUCUGCAUUGGUCAGAAGAGCACAGUUUACUUUCUUCAACAAAACAGGACUUUUCCAGGAUGUUGGAUCUCAAAGAAAAAUCCUAGUGAGUUAUGUGAUGGCAUGCAGCAUUGGAAACAUUACUAUCCAAAAUCUGAAAGAUCCAGUUCAAAUCAAAAUCAAACAUACCAGAACUCAGGAAGUGUAUCGUCCCAUCUGUGCCUUCUGGGAUCUGAACAAAAAUAAAAGUUUUGGAGGAUGGAACACCUCGGGAUGUGUUGCACGCUUGGAUUCAGAUGCUGGUGAGACCAUCUGCCUGUGUAACCACUUCACUCACUUUGGAGUCCUCAUGGAUCUUCCAAGGAGUGCCUCACAAAUAGAUGGAAGAAACACAAAAGUCCUCACGUUCAUCACCUAUAUUGGGUGUGGAAUAUCUGCUAUUUUCUCAGCAGCAACUCUCCUAACAUAUGUUGCUUUUGAGAAACUGCGCAGGGACUAUCCCUCCAAAAUCCUGAUGAACCUGAGUUCAGCCCUGCUUUUCCUGAAUCUCAUCUUCCUCCUGGAUGGCUGGAUCACAUCCUUUGAUGUGGCUGGCCUCUGUACGGCUGUGGCUGCCCUACUGCACUUCUUCCUCCUGGCGACCUUCACCUGGAUGGGGCUGGAGGCCAUCCAUAUGUACAUUGCUCUUGUCAAAGUGUUUAACACUUACAUCCACCGGUAUAUUCUAAAAUUCUGCAUCAUUGGCUGGGGUCUGCCUGCCUUGGUGGUGUCAAUUAUUCUGGUGAGCAGAAAACAAAAUGAAGUCUAUGGAAAAGAAAGUUACGGGAAAGAGCAGGAUGAUGAAUUCUGCUGGAUUCAGGAUGCCGUGGUGUUUUAUGUGAGCUGUGCCGGGUACUUUGGAGUCAUGUUCUUCCUGAAUGUUGCCAUGUUCAUUGUGGUCAUGGUACAGAUCUGCGGGAGAAAUGGGAAGAGAAGCAACCGGACCCUGAGAGAAGAGGUUUUAAGGAACCUGCGCAGUGUGGUCAGCUUGACCUUCCUGCUGGGCAUGACGUGGGGUUUUGCUUUCUUUGCCUGGGGACCCUUAAAUAUCCCUUUCAUGUACCUCUUCUCCAUCUUCAAUUCUUUACAAGGUUUAUUUAUAUUUAUCUUCCACUGUGCAAUGAAGGAGAAUGUUCAGAAACAGUGGAGGCGUCAUCUCUGCUGUGGCAGGUUCCGGCUAGCAGACAACUCGGAUUGGAGCAAGACAGCUACCAAUAUUAUCAAGAAGAGCUCUGAUAACCUGGGGAAAUCUUUAUCUUCAAGUUCCAUUGGCUCCAACUCAACAUAUCUCACAUCCAAAUCAAAAUCCAGUUCCACCACCUAUUUCAAAAGAAACAGCCACUCAGACAGCACAUCCACGGACAAGUCCUCAUCAAAACUGACCCAUGCUGGUGGAGAGCAGACAUCAAUCAUCCCUGUCCAUCAGGUUAUUGAUAAGGUUAAAGGUUACUGUAAUGCCCAUUCCGAUAACUUCUAUAAAAAUAUUAUCCUGUCAGAUACGUUCAGCCACAGUACAAAGUUUUAAUGUCAUUGAUAUGAGGGGAAAAAGAGAAAGAAAAAAGAAAACCUUUCUGGAGAAGUGGGAAGCCCUACAAGCAGCAAAAACUCCGUCCAGCGGAAGUCAGUGUGCUGUUCCCUAGGUAACUACAGAGAAUCGAGGACUAGAUGUUGUUAGGGAAGCUUUUGUGAGAUGCAGAGUUCAUCUUCUCAGAAUAUUUCUUCCGUGGACAAGCUUCAGUCAUCACACUUGAGAACUGAGAACACUCUGAACACGCAAGAAGACGGGACUUUUCAGAAUGAUUCGUGGAAUCAAACUCAUCAGAAUUUGAGGGAAAAGCAUUAAAAUUAGAGGACACAAAAGGAAGAAACUCAAGAGCGAUUCUAGUUUAGAUCUCAUCUACCCCCAUCUCAUGGUUAGGCUUGGAUGUGGCCUGACUUUCAUAAAGACUACGUAGAAAACACACUGUUUGUAGUGAUGUUGGAUGCUCCCGGGUUCUGUUCCAGUGCUGUUUUCUAUGAAUAUAGCAGCAUCUUGUUCUUGUUCAGUGAAAUGUCAACCGUAAGUGGAAGAGAUGUUUACUAUUUGACCCACAUAAUAUUAAAUGCGCUCUUUUCCUGUUA